CAGUCACUAACAAAAUUCCUAUAAACCAUCCCUUUCAGUUUCCGACGCCGUAUCACUGAGCGUCAAGGCCCGCCGUGCACGGCAUGGGUUAGUUUCAACCCCUCCAUGAUGACCCCGUAGUUUCCACACACACCUCCAUUAAAGUUGUCCUUCCCUCUCUUCUUAUUUGGUUUUGUUUGCCUGCGUGCAUCAACUCUCUCUCUAUCUAUAUAUAUUUGUGUAUAUACUGAUCAUACCGAUGGCAGAGUCCCCAAAAAAUGACCCUUUUCCGGAGAACCGUCGGGAAGAAGACGCCGGCGCAGUUUUCGUUCUAGAAUCAAAAGGUGAAUGGUGGCAUGCGGGUUUUCAUCUGACGACGGCAAUAGUUGGGCCGACGAUACUGACGCUGCCUUAUGCGUUUAGAGGGCUUGGAUGGGGAAUAGGGUUCUUGUGCUUAACAGUAAUGGGUGCAGUCACUUUCUACUCUUACUAUCUCAUGUCUCUGGUGCUUGAGUACUGUGAGAAUUCUGGUCGCCGCCACAUACGAUUCCGCGAGCUCGCCGCCGACGUUUUAGGGUCUGGCUGGAUGUUCUAUUUUGUAAUAUUCAUUCAAACUGUCAUCAACACUGGAAUUGGGAUAGGAGCAAUUUUGCUUGCAGGAGAAUGCCUCCAGAUCAUGUACUCCAACCUUUCUCCCAGUGGAUCAUUGAAAUUGUAUGACUUCAUAGCCAUGGUGACAGCAGUUAUGAUAGUUCUCUCUCAGCUUCCAACGUUCCACUCCCUCAGGCACAUCAACCUAGGGUCACUUCUUCUCAGUUUGGGAUACACUUUGCUUGUUGUUGGUGCUUGUAUUCAUGCAGGUACCUCCAAAAAUGCACCUCCAAGAGACUACUCCUUAGAAACUUCAGAGUCAUCAAGAAUUUUUAGUGCAUUCACUUCCAUCUCCAUAAUAGCUGCGAUUUUUGGGAAUGGAAUACUGCCUGAAAUACAAGCAACUCUGGCUCCACCAGUCACUGGGAAGAUGGUGAAAGGCCUUGCAAUGUGUUACGCUGUGAUUUUCGUUACUUUCUACUCUGCUGCAGUGUCUGGUUACUGGGUUUUUGGCAACCAAUCUAAUUCAAACAUUCUCAAGAGCCUAAUGCCAGAUGAGGGACCUUCUUUGGCUCCCACAUGGGUUUUAAGUCUUGCAAUCGUCUUCGUUCUCCUUCAACUAUUUGCCAUUGGCCUGGUGUAUUCUCAAGUAGCUUAUGAGAUUAUGGAAAAGAGAUCAGCUGAUGUAAACCAAGGGAUGUUCUCCAGAAGAAACCUAAUUCCAAGGAUAAUUCUACGGACGCUUUAUAUGAUGUUCUGUGGUUUUUUUGCGGCAAUGCUACCAUUCUUUGGAGACAUCAAUGCAGUAGUUGGAGCUGUUGGCUUCAUCCCUCUAGAUUUUGUCCUCCCAAUGCUUCUCUACAACAUGACUUAUAAGCCCCAAAGAUCAUCGCUCGCCUAUUGGAUUAACAACUCUAUCAUAAUCAUAUUUACAGCUGCAGGACUCUUGGGUUCAUUCUCUUCAAUAAGGAAGUUGGUUCUUGAUGCCAACAAAUUCAAGCUCUUCAGCAGUGAUGUAGUUGAUUGACUUUGUAGAUAUACUAUACCACCAGUCCAAAUGUGUAGGACUUGGUUCCCCCUAAGCACAUGAAAACCAGAGCCAUUGCAAUGGUGAUCUUGCAGGGGAUGCACAAAGGUGCUUAUAAAUCCAAAUUACACGCUUUUACCCUGCCACGUAGUAUCAUUCAGCUACCGAUGACAGCCAGAAAAGAGGCAUAAACUUUGGGUAAAUGAUGCCAAAGAUUAGGUCUGUAUGGAUUAUAUCCUUCUCAAACCCCCAUUAAUGGGAACUAAAAUGGGUGUUAUUGUCAUAGAUUCCUGUAUUUAAAACGUGUUAACAGGAAUAUAAAGCUGUUGUAUAAGACCGGAAGUAACUCGUAAUUUCAGUGAGAUGAGGUUGUUUAAGUUGAUUAGAUUGCAAUAUAAUAGUUGUUGGAUGUGAUCAUUGCAAUCCAAAGACACUAAUG